AUGUCUUCAAGCAAGAUGGUAGAGUGCAGGAUAUGCCAUGGUGAAGAUUUGGAUUCAAAUAUGGAGGUUCCGUGCUCUUGCCGGGGUACCUUAAAGUACGCACAUAGGGCAUGUCUGCAAAGUUGGUGCAAUGAGAAAGGAAACACUAUGUGUGAGAUAUACAAUCAGCCUUUCAAGCCUGAUUAUACAGCAACUCCCCGUGUUCGUCACUAUGGGAGGCUUCCUAGCCUCUUAAGGGGAGCUAGGAUAAUUCCGAGGAGACACUACAAUGAUCGGCCUAAUCCCUUUACAGCGAGGUUUAGAGAGCAAAAUAGGAAUGAGCAGAAUGGGAAUGGUUCAUCUAAUUCUUGA